GGUCCACAAUGCGGGGGACUACGUCAUGGUUAUGCCUCCUCCCCUCGCGUCCCUUUUGAACGCUCAUGGUGAAGCAGCGCAUGCGAUUGGGAGAAAGAACCAACUUUUGGGGGGGUAGUAGCCUACAACAGAAAAUAGCUUACUAAGAGCUGUGAACAUGGCUGCAGUUACAACCAACCGUACCGAACAAGACUCCACACCGGCAAACGAGCAAAAUGGAACAUUGGCCAAGGGAGAGAACAGGAAUAAUAAGCAGGGCCCUGCAGACUCGAAACAGGAACCGGGUGACAACGAGGACGAAACAGAAAUGGACGUGAGCAACGGAGACAGCAAAGAGGAGAAGCUUUCAGUCGCACCAGAAGUCGCCAAAGAAUCGGUUUUACCCACGGAAAACGGCAACAAAGAAGACGAACCGGCCUGUGAACUGUCUGAACCGGUUAAAAGUCCCGUGGAGGGAAUCCCUGCGAGUAGCACCGAAACCGGGGAGAGCACCGUGGAGCUGAAUCAAGAACAAAGAGAGGAGAGCGUGUCCUCGCUUCCUAGCUCCGACAAGACCAAAAGCGAGGAAUCCACGGAGAAAACCGACCACGGUAUCAAAAGACGGGCCAGUGUCGAGAUAUCCUCCUCGGAUGGAGAACCUCUCAGUCGAAUGGAUUCGGAAGACAGGAACAGAGCAGGGGAGCAGCUGGAGGCAGGCAGCCUUAUGAGUAUCAGCAGUACUCUGAUGGACAUGGAGAGCACAGCGUCCAGCGGGCGCUCCACACCUGCCAUGAUGAACGGGCACGGCCCGGGCACCGCCACCCCGUCGGUGGGUAAGAGCGUGGCAUACACCUGCUGCUGGGACCAGUGCCAGCUCCUCUUUACCACCAGCCCAGACCUGGCUGAGCACAUCAGGGGCGUGCACGUGGACGGACAACGGGGAGGGGUUUUUGUGUGCCUGUGGAAAGGCUGCAAGGUGUACAACACCCCGUCGACCAGUCAGAGCUGGCUCCAGAGACACAUGGUCUCACACAGCGGAGACAAACCAUUCAAGUGUGUGGUGGGGGGCUGCAAUGCCACGUUUGCCUCCCAGGGGGGGCUAGCGCGCCACGUACCCACCCACUUCAGCUCCCAGAACUCCAACAAGCUGGCCAAUCAGGGCAAGAUGAAGGAGGAUUCACCUUCGAAGGCGGGGCUUAACAAGAGGCGGAAACUCAAGAACAAACGCAGGCGGUCUUUACUGUGUUCUGUCCCUCCAGCACGACCUCACGACUUCUUUGAUGCCCAGACCAUGGAUGCUAUCAGACACCGGGCCAUCUGCCUCAACCUGGCUACACAUAUAGAGAGCCUGGGCAACGGACACAGUGUGGUGUUUCACAGCACGGUAAUAGCGAGGAGGAAGGAAGAUUCUGGAAAGGUUAAAGUCCUCCUCCACUGGACUCCCGAGGACAUACUACCUGAUGUGUGGGUGAAUGAGAGUGACCGGCCACAGCAGAAGACCAAGGUGGUCCACCUCUCCCAGCUGCCCCAGGAGACACACGUACUGCUGGACCCCAACAUAUACAGGAUGUUCUUCUAGAGACUAAGGAGGACCAAUCAAAAGGGACUCGAGCAGGAGCCUGACGAUGUCACCUGGCACAGGAAGUCCCCAUGUCAUAUCCUGUCUGGGCAGGAGUGGAGAAGACCAGAGAUUUCAAUACCUCUUUUAUUUCCCCCCUUUUUUCUUUAACUUUCUGCUCUUUUCACUUUCUUUUCAAUGUCAAAUUCCUCCAAAUGAUGAAGUGAAUUUAGUAUUUGUUUUCAAUGGUUUCUGAAAAUACACUCUAUACACAGUAGUGUGCUGACACCUCUUCAAAUAAGUGAAUUUGGCUAUUUCAGCCACACCCGUUGCUGCCAGGUGUGUUAAAUUGAGCACACAGCCAUGCGAUCUCCGUAGACAAACAUUGGCAGUAGAAUGAAGUGGGUUUCCAUGGCCGAGCAGCCACACACAAGCCUAAGAUCACCAUGCAC